AAUUUGUUUUUGCCUUUUCUAAAGUUUUACUGAACCCUUCUCUGUUCAUGUUUUCCUGGACCUGCAUUUUCCACGCAAUACUGCCUGAUUACCAUCAGAUGUUCAAACCUUUUUAUUCUUCGUUUUACCCCAGCAGGGAGUCGAGCCAACUUAAUUGUUCUCUGACAAUCUCGUUUCACCUUGUCUCUUGUGAUGUUCAAACUUGUUCUGAAGCGUCUCAUUUCAUUGGCGUUUAUUCACUUUGGUGACUCUUGUUUGUUGUCCAUGUGUGGGCUUGGUAUUUUAAAAUGGACUGGCGCUUUGCUUCCUUUUUUGGAUGUGAAAGGUUAGUAUGGCAUGGUGCCAGUUGUUAAGUCACAGCAUUGGCCUUUUUAAAAUUCUAGUUUCUAUUUCUUUGUCCAUCUUUCUCAGACUUUCUGUCAUGGGUGAACAAACAUUCCACUCCCAGGUGUUUUAAUUUUUCUACUUUUGCUUGAUUUUGUUGCUGUUGACUGUGGUAUUUAGUGAGCCUGAUGCGUUUUGUUGAUUUUCAUUGCCUUAGUUUCACUUUUGUGUGCUGAUCUUCAUGUUGUGGUCUUUGCAGCUUUUGUUCACUUUGUUCAGUGAAGAGUCUACUUGGUGUCGAUUUGUAUGCUCUGAUGGCCAGCUUAGAAACUCGUUGAUUACCUUGUUUUCUGGUUUAGCUUCUGCUUUAUUUUGUCCAUAUUUAUAGUACAGUAAAGGGGAUAGUACACGUCCUAGUCUCACUCCCGAUCUUACACCAAAGAACCAUGGUGUUUUUUCCAUGUGGUACCCUUACUGUUUUUUGCAGUUUUUAUUAUCAUGCCAUGAUGUUGUCCAUUAGUUGUCAUCUGAUUCUGUAUUCUUCCAGCACUGUCCACAAACACACAAAAAAAAGAAUGCAAAAAACAGACUGCACUCGAACCACAAGUCUCUUACUUUUUCCUUGCACUAUGUGACUGUUAUCAUGUCAAAUGUACUUUUUGUUACUCACACUUGAACUAAAAGAAAGGUCUACAACUGGAAACAACUUUUUAUUUCAGAUGUUUCGCCCUCGAAAGAAGCUACUGAUUGCUCUUUUGGUGGUUGGAGCCUUUCCUGUCUGCUGCAUGAUCUACAUGUUGUUCAAUGAGGACAAUGUUUAUUCAUCCUACAAUGAAAAUCGAGUGAUUAAUCCUGUGGAGGUGAAACUGAUUGAGAGAGUUCAGGAAGUUGAGGAUCAGAACAUUGCCCUGAAGAAACAGUUAAGUCAAAACCAGAAUCAGUUGUUGAGACUUCAGAUGACCCUGGCUGCAACCAAUGACUCAAGUGCGUCUGCCAAGUUCAAAUGUGUGAAUGCUGAGCCAGAUGUUCCAAAGUGCGAGGUAAUCCAUGUGGCUAUUGUAUGUGCUGGACAUAAUGCUACCAGAGAUGUUGUCACCCUCAUCAAGUCCAUCUUGUUUUACCGACGCAACCCACUCCACUUUCAUUUCCUGUCAGACCCCCUAACUGAGACAAUUCUUCGAAAGCUCUUCCAAACAUGGAGUGUGGCAGAGGUUGAGGUCAGUUUUUAUCCAGCUGAGUCCGUCAAGCCCGAUAUCAGCUGGAUCCCAAAUCGUCAUUACUCAGGCGUGUUUGGGCUCAUGAAAUUGACGCUACCCAAAACUUUGCCAGAACACAUGAACAAGGUGAUUGUCCUGGAUACAGAUGUGACUUUUGCCACAGAUAUUGCUGAGCUAUGGAAAAUCUUUAGAGUGCUGCGUGGGAAGCAGGCUAUAGGCCUAGUGGAGAACCAGAGUGACUGGUACCUGGGCAAGUUGUGGAAAAAUCAUCGACCUUGGCCUGCCCUGGGUCGAGGGUUCAACACAGGGGUCAUUUUGCUGGACCUGAAGAUGCUCAGGGAGAUAGGUUGGAUGCAGAUGUGGCGACUUAUAGCCGAGAAGGAGCUAAUGAGUAUGCUGGCUGUGUCUCUCGCUGAUCAGGACAUCUUCAACACUGUCAUCAAGCAGCACGACUAUCUGGUGUACAAACUGCCAUGUCAGUGGAACGUGCAGCUCAGCAUGAACACGCAGAGUGAGCAGUGCUACAGUGAGGCCUCAGAUCUCAAGAUCAUCCACUGGAAUUCUCCCAUGAAGCUGAAAGUGAAGAACAAGCACGUGGAGUUCUUCCGCAACAUGUACCUCACCUUCCUGGAGUACGAUGGCAACCUGCUGCGCAGAGAGCUGUUUGGCUGUUCCAACGGAACCUCCAACCAGACGCAGGAUGUUGUGCUGAGUGACCACACAGAGGACGAUGACUGCUAUGAUUUCCGGUCAGAACGAGAGCUGGUCCACCGCACACACCUGUACUACCUGGACUAUGCGGACACCGGGUCAGGGGGACCCGAUGAUGUCACACUGGUCCUACAGCUCUCCAUGGACAGACUUCAGAUGCUGGAGAUGAUCUGCAAACACUGGGAGGGCCCUAUCGCUGUGGCACUGUACAUGUCUGACGCAGAGGCCCAGCAGUUCUUGCGCUACGCCAUGGGCUCAGAGACCAUCAUGUCACGCAAGAACAUCGGCUACCACAUUGUUUACAGAGAAGGGCAAUUUUACCCUGUGAACUAUCUCCGGAAUGUCGCCAUGUCUCAGGUCCGCACUCCGUACAUGUUUCUGUCAGACAUUGACUUCCUGCCUAUGUACGGCCUGUACGAAUACUUGAAGAAAGCCAUACCCAUGAUGGACAUGAGGACUCAAAAGAAGGCAUUGGUGGUACCAGCAUUUGAGACCCAGCGCUAUCGCCUCCAGUUCCCUAAGUCCAAGACAGAGCUGUUGUCCAUGCUGGAUAUGGGGACCCUCUUCACUUUCAGGUAUCACGUGUGGCCCAAGGGUCACGCCCCCACUAAUUUCGCCAAGUGGAGAACAGCCACAACACCCUACACUGUGGCUUGGGAGCAAGAUUUUGAGCCAUAUGUGGUGGUGAGACAAGACAUUCCGACCUACGAUCAACGGUUUCUCGGCUUUGGCUGGAAUAAAGUGUCGCACAUCAUGGAGCUUGAUGCACAAGGCUAUGAGUUUGUCAUUCUGCCCAAUGCAUUCAUCAUCCACAUGCCACAUGCUCCCAGCUUCGACAUUGCCAAGUUCAGGUCCAGUUCGUUGUAUAGAAAGUGUCUGAAGAUACUGAAAGGAGAGUUCCAGAGAGAUUUGUCCAAGAAAUACGGAAUUAAAGCCUUGAAGUAUUUGUCUGUUGAGUGAGCAAAUGCCUUAAUUGAACCUGGUGUUUUGAUAAGAGUGUUUGUGCUAUUUGUGUAUGUAUGUUUGUAGAUGGGUGAUGACGUGUUAAUAUAUUUGUAAAGUGUGGGUGUACGAGUGUGUAUGCAUAUAUGUGUGUGUGUGUGUGUGUGUGUGUGUGUGUGUGUGUAUGUGUUUGUGAUGAAGUGGGAUUAUUUAUAAACAGAUGUACAUUUUAUAAUGCAUUUCAAAUUUUCACUUCUUUGUGACCAUGAGUGUGUAGAUUUCACACAUCAGCCAUUCAAAUAUCACGAGUGCAUGGCUUCCAUAUGUUUCUGCAACUCUGAAUGUCUCAGAUGUUCAAAACAUGUCUCUUAAAUGGACAGGUUGCAUGUUCCUCUUUGGACUUGAUGUCAACGUGUCACUUUUUUUCUAUGCUUCCCUCAUAAGUUCUUCACUAAAUUUUUGCUGAAAUGUCUAUGUUUUCACCCUCUGAUAAAUGAUGGUUUGGAAACAGGGAAUGAGAAAUAUAAUUGCUGUAUUUUGUGAACUGCUUGGAACUUUGUAUGAUUAUAAAGAACUAUCCAAAUUGACUUUGGUUCAGAUCCCCAGCGGGUCUUCCUUUGACUAUGGUUGUUUGGGGGAGUUUUCAAGGCCCUCUACUCAUUAAGGUCUGACAUCUGUCCUCUUAAAUAAUAUUGCGUCAAUGAAAAGGGCAUUGAUAAACCAGUGGUGUACUCUACUGUCUGAAAGACUCACUACAUCAUAAGCCUGGGGCUAAAUGUACGGAUCAUUUCAGAAAAAUAUCAAAUGAACUUUUGUGUAAUGCAACUAUGUAUGUUAACAUUUAAAAUUGGGAAUCAAAAUUGUCCAUGACUGCCAAACUGUGGCAUGCAUUUGGACUUUGUACACUCAUUGGUUUUCUUUUUUCCUUUUUGAACAAAUAAUCUAAAUGUGAGUCAAAAUUGGGAUAUGACAGUUUGUCUCCCAGCUGGCAGCUCAUGAAACAGUGACUUGUUAUUGUAGGCGAGCACAGAAUAAAACAACUCCUCUCGGUGGAUUUUUUUUCCCUUUUCCAGUUCUUGUGCCAGACACCCAGAGUCAUUUCUAAUAGCAGCAUGUUUGAGAGAGUGGAAGUGUUACCUGUUUCUGUUGCACCCAUUCAAUGUCUUCCAACUGUGUGUGUGUGUGUAUGUAUUGCUAAUUUUUCUAAUGGGGAAUAUGGGAACCGAGAUCUGAAUGAACAUCAUCAUGAAAACUGAAAUUUGGAACUUCGGUACUUCCUGGAAGUUUGAUAGCUUUUCUUUUGAUGCAAUUCUUUUGCAAGAUGUGAUCUUGAUUUUCGGAUGUACAUGGGAUUGAAUAAUUGAGGUACAGAGUGUUUUGUAUAUUUGACAUACUGUGAAAAGAAUUGAUUUAGAUUUAUUUACUUUUUCUAACCUGACUUAUCACAAAGCCAAAAUCCUUCCUUUUCUUUUUGUCUGAUAGCAUGAUAUUGUUGUGUCUUUCUAUGGAAGGCACUGAGAGAUGAGGAGGGUAUAUGCUGUUUUCAAAGAUAAAAAAAGCUAGAAUAAGGGGAAAAAGAUCCGAUGGAAUGAAUAUAUGCACGAGACUAAAAGCCACAUUUCUGCUGUAACAAUAUAUAUAUGUUAACAUCCUGAUGAAAUCUGCGCCAGGCCCGAGAUGUCCGUUGCAAACACUCUCCUGGCUGGGUGACAGAUCGGGUAUUUUGUACUGCUGGCUGUGUGACUGCAAAAUGUUAAAUAAUAAUAAUACAUUAAACACAAAACAGUUGGCAAAUCAAUGCUCUUUCAUGAAUCAUUUUGCUGAGGAGAAGGAAGGUAGACAGAGUUGAGGUAGUUGGGGGGGAGGGGGUGGAAUGGGGGAAGGGAUUAUUGUUUUCAUUAUGAAUAGUGAACCAAUUAAUUAAAAUGCACCAAAAGUGAACACACAUAGAAGGAUGUGCAAAAUAAGAAAAGGACACGCUACGGAGAGCAAGCCGGAAAUAAACCUGCUACGAAUGAUGGCCACGUCUCGGAGUCUAAAAUAAUAUAUGUUUGUGUAUAUAUAGGCCUAUACUUUCCUGUACUGCAAGAAAUGUUUGGAAGUUUGCUUGUAAUUUGUCUAACUUGAAACGGCGAUGAAUUGAAAAACUUCACAUCCUCUCUGUGGUUAAUUUUUGGGACCAAAUUUUUUUUCUUUUUUUUCUUUUUUUUUUUUUCUUUACAGCUUUUUCUUUUAAAAAAACUUACAGAGAAUAAGUGUUUGGUUGGAAUGUGUAUACAUUGUUUAUGCUAUACAGUUUCGUUUAUUGUCCAUGUUCGAAGGUUUUUUGAGGUUGUUGGUUUUUUUAAGUUUCUGUUUUUAUCAGCCAUUGUAUUGCUGAAGCCGGUGACAUGUAGGCAACCACAAGACUUAGAACCACUUUUCUGCCAUAACAACUGAAAGUGACCUAAAACUUUCUGCAGCUGUUCUCCGGACCAAAAAGGGUUCUGUUUGGUUGAGAUUUUCAUUUCUGUUUUAGUCUACUGUUAACUAUAAAGUGUCACUUUUAAAUUUCAGGAGCAGCAUGGGGAACAUUUCAAAGCAAAGCCUGUUCAAAACCAGAGUUGUGACUCGUGAUAUACAUUGUUAUUUUUUAGAUUUCUAGCUUUUAUUUCAAUAUUUUCUUGAAAAGUAUACUCACUUCUAUGUUUGUGUUAAGUCAGAUGUGUACAAUGACUUUUAUUUCUACCACUGCUGCAAUAUUUACAAAUGUUUGUGUGUUGAAAGCCCAACUUGAAGAUUCUUUUUCUUGUUUCUUGUUAAAGUUUAAUUACUUAUUGCUAGUCUUGUAUCCUUCUGAAAGUUCUUCCCUUUUCGUAAUAACUGCCUUGGAGGGCCUGUUCAUUCCAAAUUAUGAUUCCUGUACCCCAGAUAUUUACAGCAUUGCUUCCUUUAGACGCAUGUUACUAUAACUCUCAUAUUCUAACUCUGCCAAUUGCCAAUUACCCAUCUGCAGCUUGAGGACCUGAAAAAAAUAAAGUAGAAAUGAUUUUCUAUGAAUGCAGCGUUGUGCACGAAGGAACCUUGAAUUGAAGUUGCAACGAUCUUAAAGUUAAAGUCUGGAGCCUUUCCACUUGAUUCAAAAGACCCUGAAACACAUUGUUUUGCCGCUUCACUUUGUAUUUUUGUAUUUUUGGAAAACGAAAAACAAAACCUAGAUCCUAUUUACUAGCCCAUAACAUGGGAGGGGUCUCUGCUUUUAUCAGCGUUGUUCCAGAAGUACCUAAGUCAUGUUUUUAAAGUUUGGAGAAAAUAAAGAAAAAUUAGGUUGCCCAGAUUCAAACCAUGGCUAUGGUAUUUGUGAUUUUUUAAGGCCACACUCUAAUUCUUGGCACCAAAAUCUACAGUUAUUUCAACUUGUUUUUUUCUCAUUUUCUCAAAGUAUUCUGUUCAAGGAUUUAAAAUAUUCAGUUUUGGGAAUCAUUAUCAGUUACGUUAUCACAGAAAUGGCAAAUUAGAGUGAAACCAGGCUAUGUGAAGGACCAUUUUCAAAAGCUAAAAACUCAAGAACCAUCCAUGCUAUCUAUGAGCUAAUUACAUAUUUGUAAUCUGCACACAAAUCUUAAGAAAGUUACGCUAGCUUUUCUUGAAAUUCUAAAUAUUAAUAAUUUUAUUACUUUUAGAACAUUUGCAUAUUAGCGAAUGACAAAAAUAGUCAAAAUAGCAAAGGAAAAAAA